AUGAUGUCCUCGUCCGUCGAGGUCCGCUGUUGUCGGGGGUGCCCUGAGAGCUGGCAUCGGUGCGCGGUAAAAAAUCAUAACACAACACAGCUGAUCGUCCACGCAGUUCCUCCUUCACGACGUAAUUUGAGAGGUGUUUGCAGUGUGUUUGGGGAGGUCCGGUGUCCCAACCUCACUACAACGCUGACUACUGCCUUAAGUGUGGUAGUGGAGGAUAGAGGCCGAGUGGAGGCUACAGCGGACUAUUCCUGCGAGAAGGGGAGGAGGAUAGUCGGGAAUAGUCAGCGGAAGUGUGGUAGUAAUGGUAUCUGGAGUGGCAGUCAACCGCGCUGUGAAUAUGUGACCUGCGACCUACCACAAGGCUUGGAUAAUGGUAGAAUAGUCCGACUCAACCAGACCCUGGAAUACGGUAGCCUGGUCGAAUAUCACUGUCUACCGGAACACAGGCUGGUCGGGGGGAGCUUCCGGAGGUCGUGUGGCGAGCUGGGCGAGUGGUUGGGUGGAGAACCGAAGUGUGUGUUGGAUGUGACCUGCAACCUACCACAAGGCUUGGAUAAUGGUAGAAUAGUCCGACUCAACCAGACCCUGGAAUACGGUAGCCUGGUCGAAUAUCACUGUCUACCGGAACACAGGCUGGUCGGGGGGAGCUUCCGGAGGUCGUGUGGCGAGCUGGGCGAGUGGUUGGGUGGAGAACCGAAGUGUGUGUUGGAUGUGACCUGCGACCUACCACAAGGCUUGGAUAAUGGUAGAAUAGUCCGACUCAACCAGACCCUGGAAUACGGUAGCCUGGUCGAAUAUCACUGUCUACCGGAACACAGGCUGGUCGGGGGGAGCUUCCGGAGGUCGUGUGGUGAGCUGGGCGAGUGGUUGGGUGGAGAACCGAAGUGUGUGUUGGGUCCAGAGGAUGCCUACAACACCAUAGGCUCCGAUAGUAGUAGUAGUAGUGUGAGUACUACUUCUACUUCUACCGCUAGCAACACCGGGCUCUACAUCGGACUAUUCUUCGGGCUCAUCCUGGCGAUAGUCUUCAUAGGAGUGCUAGUCUACUUCAGAAUGUUUUGGGCACCCAGCCGUACACGUGAACUAACAGUCUUGGCUUCAGGGCAGGUCGCUAAAAUGGAGCGUGACACCAAGAUGACCUACCAGAAUGUGAGCAUCGUGCUGUCGCCCACCAUGCAGAUUUCUCACCGGGUGCUCAAUGUCUUCUUCCUCAACCGUGCCUACCUCUUUGGGGGAGUCGCCAUCAAAAAGUAGCAGCCGCAGCGGCAGCAGUGGAGAGCGGAGUUUGGAACAGCUGCAAAGUGUUGCAGAGAUUGAGGUGGAAAUGAUGAAGCAGGAAUCUCGAUUGGCACACCUCCAUACUCAGGUAACCGCCGGGCAGGUGUCUCGGAGCAAGGAGGAGCAGCUUUGGGAGUCUACAGCGGCACCCCACUCAACCCACCACCACCACCACCACCACCCAUAAUGUGACAGUUAUUAGCACGGAGGAAGUGCCGACUAGUGAGACUGAUUGUGUUUCCGACACUGUGCCACUGUUGACGAGUGCAGUGCCGUGAGUGCCAGUGUUAGUGUGGCACCUCAGACGGAGGGUGAUUCGGCACUCCAGGGUGAUGUCAGAGUGCCAAGUGACGAGCCCAAAACCGAGGAGGAGAAGGAGGAAGAAGAAAAGAAGGAAGAGGAGGAGGAAAACAAAGCUAGUCAAGUGAUCAAACUGGAGGAAAAGGAAGAAGAGGAGGAGAAGAAAGAGGAGGAGGAGGAGGAGGAGGAGGAGAGAGAAACACAGGAACAAAUAGAUGGAGAGAGGAGAGAAGAAGGAAAAAGGAGGAGGAGGAGGAGGAGGAGGAAAAAUUCACCAACUUCACCACCAAAAUUUCCACCAAUGAAAGAGGACCCCAAGAUACUGUCAUACAAAUAGUGCCACAGGGGACAGCGGGGGUGGCACAGGGGGCCUCGGGGGUGCCGCAGGGGAGGGGAGAGCUGCCCCCGCCCCUCGACUCGGAGCCUUGACGACACUAGGCCUAAGGGUUUAAAGCCCCGGAUACCCAGCGACCUUGAAAGUGUCAUAGAAAACGAAAUAAGGGAAGCCAAGCUGGAGGGGAAGACAAGAGUAUGGAACGCCUUGUGAUGGGACGGUUAAUGUUUUCUGACCUCUGUUAAUACUACUAGUUUAAGAAGUAUAGGAAGAAUCAGCUGAAAGUUCCGUUACUUUCCUGCCACCGGCACCCAAGACCACGCCCGAGCCCAAGCCCCGACCGCCAGCCCGCCCCAAGGCUCCCUCCAUGGCCGACCGCCAGCCCGCCCAAGGCUCCCUCCAUGGCCUCCCGCAGGGCUUGAGGUGGUCAGGCUCCCCACAGUGCUGCCCCUCGCAGUGCCAGGGCAGUGCCACACCUGUAAGCUGCGGCGCCAUGCCCGGUCUGAGGGCGCCGCUGGACUGUUACUGCCGCUAACACAUGCUGGACUACUACUACUACUACUACUACUACAACUACUAUCAGUGAGCUUCUUCUACCAUAUCCACCCAUGCCAUAACACCACCACCACCACCACUGCAGCAGAGAUGGAUUUUGAAAGCCCUGAUGUGGAGAAGGAGUUUCCGGGCCUGUACGCCUCCGAGUCCUCCAGACGCAGCGACAGCGAUUGAUGAUGCAAGUGAAGGCCACGAGAGAGAAGGGGGAGAGAGGACCAGGGAAUGAUCCAAUGUCUUGCUGCCCCACUCACUGAGACAAGCCGCUGGACCCACCACCCAUCGGCAAGUGUUCCAGGAGGCAAGAAGAAGCAUGGGAGUGACUCUACCAGGGAACUUUGACAGACCUCCUCCCCCUGCCUUCAAGUCUGGCCAAAGACAAGAAGAAGAAGAAGAGGAAGAAGAGGAAGAGGAAGACUGACAGACAGACAUUCCAUUGAGACAAGAAGAAGAAGAAGAGGAAGAAGAGGAAGAGGAAGACUGACAGACAGACAUUCCAUUGAGACAAGAAGAAGAAGAAGAGGAAGAAGAGGAAGAGGAAGACUGACAGACAGACAUUCCAUUG